AUGAAAUCAAUGAAGGAAACUCUAAAUAUUAAUUGUAAGUAAUAAUAAUUUCUAAAAUAGACUUAAAUAUCAUAAGAGAUCUCAUAGCUCUUAAAAUAAAACUGAAGGAUUCUUAAAUCUUAAGGAUCAAUAGAUUUUUCUAUAUCUACCUUAUCAUUCUUGUAUUUAACAUAAGAAAUAAACUAUAAAAAAAUUAUGGAAGAAAUAUAUAAAUGUCAUAAUCUCAUUAUUUAGAUAUAAACGAGCAAGAAAUGAUGUUUAUAAGUUUUAUAUUCCCAGAAAAAAAUUAUAUGCUUUACCCACUCCUGAUACUUUGCCUAGGAAUCCAACAAAAAGAAAAUAGGAUUAAUUAUCAAAAUUAGGAACUUUUGGAGAAUAUAUUGAAGCAUAAGAUGAAUUAGAAGGAAAAUAUAAAAGGAAAGAAAUUCCUAAUUUCAAGAAAUCUCCUAUUUAUGUAAAAUACUAAUCAUAUCAAAUAAGAAUCAAUCGAAUUUUAACAAUAAGAAACAACGACAAUAUUUCCUAAGAUAAUUUAAGAAUAUAAACUUUAAAAGUGAAAAACAAUAAAAAGUCUGAUCUAACUCUUCCUUCUCUUAUAAAAUUAGAAAAAAGAUUUUCAAGAGUAUUUUCAAAUCUUGGUAAAUGA